GGUCCUAAAUAGAAAUUCAAUACUAUGCUAGUUUACAUUUGCUUUGUUUCUCUUUCUAUCUGAUAAAUUUGUGAUUUACUCAUAAACUAGCAUUAAAUAAAAUGAAAAUUUUCUGAUGUUUAUGUUACUUUUUCGUAUUUUAUUAUUGUAAAUAUAAAAAAGGGUGCUAGUAAAUGAAGCUUAUUGUAAAGAGUUGGCAUGACGUUCAUCAAUAUUGAUAAUGAUAACCUACACGGGCUACACGGUCUCUGUUUCAGAGUACAUACUUGGUGAAAGUGUUAGUAAAAUUAGAUCGUAAUACAGUAACUUAACGCCGCACCGUCAUUACAUAUCGAAUAACAAUAUUUGGUGGUUCUCAAUGGAGUGUGUCGUGGUGGAGCUGUGAGGGUUGAUAGUAACAGACCUAUGUGAGCGUGUCAGUGGCAGUGUAGUGUAUUGGUGUAGUAAGCAGGCGAGGUGGCGCGACUCGCAAGUGAUGCCCAUCGCGGUGAUGCAGAGGCAUGGUAGACGCGGCAGCGGAGCGUCGGGCCGCCGUCGCCGCCGCGGUCUGCGAUGCUACUUCCAGCCUCACCAAGGAGGUUGCGAGCGCUUGGGAGUGCCGCGUGGGGCCUCCCGAUCAUCCAGCAUCUGCCGAUCGCAUCCAGAGCCUAUUCAACGACAUCGAAUUGUAUCCCACUAAGACACAGGUAUUCGAGAUGCUGGUAUGCGCACGACAGUGUGCGCGCCGCAAAUCGCUCACUCUCACAUUCGGAGAAUUCUGCGUGUUUGCAGCUGAGCUACGCCGGUGCUCAAGGCAAGCGAGGCAGGUGUCCAGCAAGCCGGAAUCACCUCAAUGGAACAUUGAAAAGGAACUCGUCGAGCUGAGGGAUAAAGAUGCGAUAUGUAAACACGUGAACGGUAGCGAGCCGUCGCCUCCGCCAUGCGAAGUAUUCCUCGGCGGUUCCUGCAACCCGACUACUUGGAGAUCGGACAUUGCUAUUCCGAUGCUAAAGAAGAUGGGAAUAACGUAUUUCAAUCCGCAAGUGGAAGAUUGGUCCACGGAGCUGAUAGAGGUCGAGCAUCGCGCUAAAGCGGCGGCUCGAGCGCUUCUCUUCGUUUUGGACAGCGAGACGAGAGCUGUCGCCGCCAGCGUCGAGGCCGCACACCUCGCUGCUGCACCGCGCGACUUGCUGCUCGUACUGCGCCCGUAUACCCGCCGACAGAACAUCGGCAACGAGACGAUUUCUGAUCACGAGUACGUGGAGCUGUCGCGAGCGAGAGCCACGCUGCAAGAAGCGGUGGAACGUCGCGGUCUGCCCGCUUUCACCGACAUCCCGGCCGCGUUGAAGUGCGCGGGUACCGUGCUGCGCGGAGCUAGGACGCACCCGCGACAGUCGCUCGGUCACACGAUCCUCCGAUUGAAACGCGCCUACGAUGCAGCCGGUGGGCGAAACGGUCGGUUACCUCGCACCAGGGCGGUCGACGCCCUCAAGGAAGUGACGAGAACGUCGAAAGAGAACGCGGAACGGAGCCUGCCCGCCGCGGACUUUGUCGACUUUGAAACGUUUUGCGCGGCCGUCGCCGAACUCGCAACCGACGCAGGUGUGUCAUCUCCGAGCGCGGAGAUGGCGGGCGCGGGCGUGGGGGCGCGGGUGCGGCGCGCGUUCCGUUCCCUCCGCGAGUUGUUCGCCCCCUCCCCAGCCGAAUGGCAAAAUCGGAACGGCACGGAGAGUUCUGAAGGUGGUGCAGAAACGAGGGGUGACCGUGGUGAAGCGCCCCGGGACAACACCGUGCGCCACGUGUACAACGCCAGACUAAGAGCGUACGGAAGGAAGCUUGGACUUUUCAUUCCUAAGAAUGGCGGGAACAGGACAGGUAGAGAGAGCGCGGGUGCGGGCUCGGCGGAGAGCGGUGACAGCGUGUUCACGCCGGGCACCGAGCGACGCCUUGAGAGGCUGCCCGCCAUGCUCGGCGCGCCCACGCACGACGUCUACCUCUGCGGCACCUUCCCGAGUGACACAACGCGGCCGGAAGAAAUAUUACGGCGCGAAGGAGUCUCGUACGUGAUUCCGCGCGCGAACGAUUACACGCGCAUGUUCUCGUCGGCGGGACGGCGUGCGGCGCCCGAGCCCGCAGAGUCGCCGCGCCGCGACAAGUACGCGCGCGCCGCCGGUGACGUCACACUGCGGGACCACGCCGCCGCCGACGUCACGCUGCGGGAUCGCACACUCGGUGACGUCACGCUGCGAGACCGCGCCACUACCGACCGCACAGACAGACUCAGCGCCUCCGACUACUAUACCGUCUCCGAGGAUGUCACGCCCCAACCCUUCAAAGGUACAUACGAUGAGGAUCUUUUGCUGGGCUCGCGCGUGCUCGUGUUCUGCAUGAGCGCCGACGCGCCUUGCUUCGCGGCGAUGGUACUGGCCGCGCACUACAUGGGGCUGCGGCCCGCCAACACCGUGCUCAUCGUUCAACCCAUGGACAGGAAGUCCGCGCCCGCUUACAGCGAAGCGGCGGUGAAGGACUACAAUCGCGGCCGACAUUACUUGUCGGAUCUGGCGCGGCGGGCGGGCGUUCCGGUGUUCGACAAUGUCGAAUCGGCGAUGGCUUGCGUCGUGGCUCGGCUGCGGGCCGCGUAGUCUACGCAACCACGAAUCGUUCGUGAGAAUUGAUUCAGUAAUAUAAAAAUACAAUAACAACAACAACUAUAAAAAAAAAAAGCUACGGAAAAACUAAGCAAGUUUUCUCCGGUCUACGGUAUACGCCGCUUCGAAUCGACAAUCGUCACAUCGUAUUGCGUUGGAACUUUAUUAGUCAGUUUCGGUUUCUCCCGAGCGAAUCUCACUUGCCGUAUUAUACCUGUUACAUUAUAUAGAAAAAGUUAUAUGAGGCGAUUGAAAAAAAAAAACAACGAAUAAUCAGUU